CUCACCCCCAAAUCGACAUUUCUUCCUCCUCGUCAACAAACCCAACCCCAUGUACCCCCAGUUGUUGCCGCCGACUCCAGCUGCUGCCGUCGCUUCCAACCACUGCUGCCUCCGCCUUUGCCGCGCGUAUUAGUGGGAAAAAGCUCAUAUUCAACCUUUGAGGUAUCUUACCAGGGACCUGUUCCACCAUGGGUGAUUUUAGCAUUCAGAUUAGCUCCAAUCUGGUUGAUAAGCUUGUUCAUGAUGCUGAGAAGUCAAAGAGAAAACCCAGAAGAACUAAAAUUAAGGUACCACGAGAACCUCAACAGCCCCAAACGAAGACAAACCAGAAACAGGUUUCUGAUGAUUCUGAAACACUCAAGGGGACAGGUGCUAAAGGAUGGCCUCUUCAGCCUCCUAUAUUCGUGCCUGUAACCCCUCCUUCACAAUCUACCUAUGCGGAGUUAGAUGCUAUCAGAUCUGUUCUUCAAGAGAGCAGCAAGGUUCUGGAGCGGUUGCAGAAGCAGGAGGAGAAUAUGGUGCAGGAAGUGACACAAAGAGCAAAGGAACUUCGUGAUAAGGAGUUCAAGCUUCCAUUCCAGAAGCCUAUGCCCUGCUUAACGGAGAAGGAUGCUUGCUUGGCUUGCUACAAGGAGCAUGCCAACAACCCUCUGAAAUGCGCUGGUUUUGUCAAAAGUUUUGAAGAUUGUGCUCGCAGAAUUAGGCAGCAAGUUGAUAUUUUGAGGAAUAGAGUUUCACUUAAACUAGAUUAUGGGAAGGAGGAGAACUCAUCACAAGUUAGCCUUAUUGUUGCGUUAGUAGCAGGACAGGUGUUUGAUGAAAUGUCUGAGAAAGCCAUGAAAAUUGUGAGGGAAACAGGAAUUAAGAAAGGAUGA